AUGGCACCUGUCACCAUCCACUGCCUUGCAGAUGUCUGCUUGAUUCCAAUUGGAACUGGUUCCGCCUCGGUCUCUGAUGAGGUCACCAAAAUCACAAAGCUAGCCCAAGACUCCCACCUUGCCACCACCCUCCACAGUGCUGGCACCACGAUUGACGGACCCUGGAACGAAGUGAUGGACUUAAUUGGUCAAAUGCACCAGAUCCUCCACGACAGUGGGGUGGUCAGAAUCCAAAGCGACAUCCGUGUCGGGACCCGGACAGAUAAAAACCAGAGUCCCCAAGAUAAGAUUGAUGUGGUACAGUCCAAGUUGAAGAACUUGGCCUAGGAGAGAUGUGGGCGAAAUUUGGGGAGGUUUUUGGUGUGUUAACAUGCGUCCGAGUGGUCAAUGGGCAAUUUCUGCUUCUGGAGAAUUUGUUGAAACGAGGAGGGAAUUUAUUGAAACAUGGCAGAAUUGUACGGUUUCAAUAGCUGAAUCGAGAGAGUUUAUUGAAAGAGAAGAGUUCAAUUGAUUAAAGAAUCAAUUCUUCUUAGAGGAAAUCGCUUAAUAGCCAAUGAAUGUUCUGCUUUGAUUGCAAAGAAGAGAAAAUUGUUCGUCCUAAGUUCCAUUGAUAAA